AUGUUGCAAACACAGAGAGUCUUCAUCCUCUGCGUUGUGCUCAGUCUAGUUUCAUCUAGUUCUUUUGUCUCGACUCUUGUAACCUUCCAGAAGAUUCCACUGCCACAACACGUAUCUGGUCCCGAAGCAUUUGCUUUCGAUUCUCACGGUGGAGGACCAUAUACUGGAGUCUCCGGCGGCAAGAUCCUCAAAUACCAAGGACCAAAAGUUGGCUUUACAGAGUUCGCUUUUAUUACACCAAUUGCGAACAAGUCACUAUGUGGUAAAGCAAUAGGGACUUUUCUUGGUAACAUAUGUGGUAGACCAGUCGGUUUAGCUUUCAAUGAGAUAACCGGAGAUUUAUACAUAGCCGAUGCAUUCUUGGGUUUGUACGUGGUUUCACGCCACGGUGGCCAAGCCAAGCGUCUAGCCGAUAGCGCAGGUGGUUUACCAUUUAAAUUCCUUGACGGUUUGGACGUAGAUCCAGUGACCGGUUCGGUUUACUUCACAUCUUUCAGCACAAGAUUUGGCCCCAGUCUACUUGUCUUGGCUGUUGCUGUUAAUGAUGCAACGGGGAGGUUCUUUAGAUACGAUCCAAAGACUAAAAACGUAACCGUUUUGUUAAGCGGUUUAAGUGGCUCCGCGGGAUGCGCCGUGAGCUCCGACGGAGAGUUUGUUCUGGUGGGAGAGUUCUUGAGGAAUCGUAUCUUAAGGUAUUGGAUCAAAGGUCCAAAAGCCAACACGUGGGACAUUUUCGUAGCUUCGGUACCUGGUCCGGACAACAUAAGGAGAACAGACGGUGGAGAUUUCUGGAUCGCUUCCAACUCCGUGAAGCUUAUAGUGGUCCCCACCAAGCCUUCAGCGGUGAAAGUCAACGCCGGCGGUGAGAUAAUCCGGCGUGUCUCUCUCGGAGAAUAUUAUGGAGAUACGUUAGUUAGUGAAGUGAAUGAAUAUAAAAGUGUUGUUUAUGUCGGAACACUAACGACCAACUUUGUUGGUAACAUGUAAUGUAAUAAAAGCUGC